AUGGUUUGUGACUUAUAUAAAACAAAGAAUGAUUUACAAAUUUAUAUUCUUGUAUACUGUUUUUCCUUUUCAAUUGUAAUUUGGCAAUUACUUUUUUCAGCGAAAUACACAGAAGCUCAAGCAUUAAACGACCCUUUAACACAGUAUAUUGAAGGACGACUUGGAAAUCGGCGAAUAUGGUGGUGCCCAUCUGGUUAUGGUUAUUUGGCCUACUGCCCACAACCGACGGAUUAUGACAAUUACAAUUGGUGUUGUACGUUUCCGUACAUGAGAUCAUGGAAACCCAGUUGUUGUGCAUUUGCAGUACCUACAGGAGCACUAAUAGCGAUUAUCAUAGCUGCUAUCACUCUCGUUGCAGUCCUGGUAGCACUGUCUUGUUGGUGCUGCUUUUGCUGUCCUUUGUACAAGCAGCUAUAUGACACUGAAGAUGAAAAAUGA